AUGUCUCCCCCUGGUGGUGCUCGCCAGUACUUGGCAAGCACAGCAUCGCUGGCGUUCGUGAGAGCGCGGACCGCCCGCUCGGCCGCGCCGUGCCUGCAGAGCCCCGAGGACGGCGUGCCCAACCGGCUCCGGGAGUGCUUUUUACUGGCGUGCAGGGACGGUCCGGAGGUCGUGCGGCUCCUGUGCGCCGCGGUGGCGCACUCCUGCGUGGCGAACAGGAGCCCGCCGAGCCCUCGGGAUCCGAGGGCUCCCGGAUCCCCGGCCCCUGCGGGCCACUCGGGCCACUCGGUCCCCAUCCCCCCCUUGUUGUGGGAGGGCGGCACGCUCGCCCUCGAGGGGGCGAUGGCUGUGCAGGCCGUGCUCGAGGGCGGCCGUAUCCUCCUGCGGCUUGAGGGGCCGGGCCUUGCGCUGAAGGCGGGAGCGCUGUCGAAGGGGUUGGCGGCGUUGUAG